AUGGCAGCUCGCGUGGCUACCCCUCAAAGUAUCGGAAAAAUUAGUAUUGAAAUUAGUUCAAUCACUAAACAUCUUAUAACUAUUAAGCAUCAAUUAUACCGUAGUUGGAAAAAAAAUGGUGUAGGAAAAAGUCAAUACUAUCGAGCAAGAGAUUCACUUGCACUUUCGUUACGAAAUGAUCGAAUAGCUCGACUUCGACGAACUAUUCAUGCUCUUACUACCAAAAAGAUGAAUACAGGCAAAGUAUGGGCACUUAUUCGAAAGUACCACACCAAGAGAAUAAAACAACAGUUCACCUCUACUUUAAAACAUCAUCAAAUAUUGGCAACCAGUGAUGCAGAGAAGGCAGAUUUGUUUGCCACAUAUUUUGAACGUGAUGUUUACCCGAGUGCGCCUAAUACAUCAACUUUUAACGUUCAUGCCAGCGAGGUUAUCAAGAAAAUCAAGCAGUCAAACAACAACUUAUCAAUUACUCGUCAACGUUUUCGACUAAUUACAGCGAAAGAACUGAAAUCGAUCUUGAAACAUUUACCGAAUUCAGCAACGGGGCCAGAUAAUGUGCACAAUCGAUGUUUAAAAAAUUUUACAAAUUCAUUAAUUGAUCAUUUACUUAAAUUAAUGAAUGUAAGUUUAAUAUUUGGUUAUGUUCCUCGCUCCUGGAAAACUGAAUUUAUCACUUUAUUACCUAAACCAGAAAAAGAUCGAACCCAAGUUUCGAACUAUCGACCUAUUAGCUUACUAAGUUGUGUAGGAAAGGUUCUCGAAAAGAUGAUUAAACAAAGACUUAUUUCGGAAUUAAAUUAUCGCAACAUUUUACCUCGUCAUCAGGCUGGUUUUUUGGAAGGAAAAUCUACCAUGUACAAUAUCUUAAGGCUAAGUCGGUGUGCUCGACAAGCUGUUGAUCACAGUCAUCAUGCUGCAGUUAUAUUCUUCGAUAUUAAAUCAGCUUUCGACACUGUCUGGCAUUACGGUCUUAUUUACAAGAUGAAAGAUUUUCGUUUACCAGACUAUCUCAUUUAUUGGACAAUAUCUUUCUUAUAUAAAAGAACAGCACAUAUUGAAAUUGAAAAUCAACUCUCACGUCCUUUUCGAACUUAA